CGGAAGGAGCAACGUUACUUUACUCUAUAUCGUGAUCGUGCAAACAAUAAGAAAAUGGUUUUCGAUCCAGUCGCCGAAGAACAAAGGAAACGCUUCUUUAGGCAAAAUUAUGGCGCUCAUUUGCCCGGCUACACCGGACAUUGUCCCACCCUCAAGUUUCGAGUCGGAAAGCGAUUUGGGGCCAGCACGGAAGAAAUUAUGAAGGAAUUGCUCGAAAAGAAAAUCCUGAAGACGGGACCUUACAGGCCGAAUUCCGGUCGUGACGUGCACGAAAAUGGAUCGAUCCCCUGCGGAAAAGAUGACAUUAGGAGAGAUUGGAAAACCGACGCGCAAUUAUUCAAAGCACCGCCGUACAUAUUGGGGUACACGGGAUAUAUUCCUGGAUUUAAUAGCAGGUACGGUCUGUCCUUUAUGAGAGCCGUGGAAGAAGGUGCCAGGGAAUGGCGUGAAAAUCAAAACAAAUUGAGAUCGCGCAGAGAAGCUAUGAGAGCUCAAGCUGAGAGAUGCGAUUCCAGAAAUCUUUUGGCCCGAGCGAGGGCGGACAACGUGGCCAUGGAGAUCGAUCACGAUCGAAAUCGUACGACCUUUCGUACGUGUUCGAAUUAUGAUUAUGAAGUGUCCCCUGAAAGACCACCGAUCGUGGGUUACACGGGUCACAUUCCAGGAGCAAAAGGGGAAGUGGCGUUGUCGAAAAGGUAUGCCCAAGCCGCGAAAAAGGGACUAGAAUUAAUAAGAAAAGAACGCGAGGAAAGGCUUGGCAGACUAAGGGACGCGGCUGCAGUGCAAAAAGUCUUGGACGAUACAUGCGUUCAUGAAACCAAACAUACGCGAGCGUAAGUUAAGAUUUUACUCGAAAUUCUAUACGGAGAAAGAAAUCGCUUCGAAUAACGACAAUCUUUUUUACGGAUAACGAAAAUGUUCGACGCAGAGAAUGUAAAUUAAUGCUAUCCUUAAUUUAUUUUCAAUUUUAUAUCGAAUAAUUCGAAAUAAAAAGAAUCAAAAGUGUUUCUUUUAAUUUUUUUUAAAACGUAGAAUAUUACACCGACAAAUACCAUUUUCACGAUCGUUGGAAAAUUGGAAUUCGAACGACU